UUGCUGGUUUUUGACUCCGUGUAUUAAAGGUGUUUUUAAUAUAUGGUGGUAACAUAACUGGGAUUCGCUUUAAUUAUGGUCAUUUGUUUAGCUUUUACUUUGAAAUGAAACAGGAAGCAUUGUGUGUGACUCACUCCUUCGGCCAGAAGGAGGCGUGUUGUCAGUUUUUUCGCUCGCCUGCUAACUGUAGGCUAAAGUUUCACUUUCUGCCGCUGAGGAGUACCCUCUGCUGGAAGACCGGGACUUCCCUGGAAACGAAACCAGAAGUAGUUAUAGUUUUUCGGAGGGCCUCCAGGUCACAAAUGCGUCUUUGUGACCACAUUCAGUGGUGAUAUUUCCAGUUUGUGUUAAAGUUUUCCCCCGCUGAGCGCGUCCAAACCGUCGCUUUCCUCAGCUAGCUUUAGCGGCUAGCCCCCGCUAGCAUGGACAGCGGCGGAAACAUGCAGAGUAACGAGGAAAGAAAUGCGGAAAAACAGAUGGAUAACCACCUGAAAACCCUCGGGUUACAUCGGAAGAAGAUCGCCAAAGAUGGAUCGUGUUUGUUUCGAGCCGUGGCCGAGCAGGUACUGCACUGCCAAAGCCUCCACCCUGAGGUCCGGGCCAAAUGCGUGGAGUUUCUGAAGCAGAACCGGGACAGCUAUGAGGCGUUUAUUGAAGGUGACUUUGACGAGUACCUGUGCAAGCUUCAGGACCCGCAGCAAUGGGUGGGAGAGGUGGAGAUCAAUGCACUGGCUGUCAUGUACAAGAGGGACUUUGUUAUCUUCCAGGAGCCCGGCAAGCCGGCUGUGAAAAUCACAGACAACAACUUCGAGGACAAAGUCCAGUUGUGUUUUCUGAACGGAAAUCACUACGACAGCGUUUAUCCCGCCAGCCACAUUAAGAGCGCUGCUCUCUGCCAGUCCAUCCUGUACGAGCUGCUGUAUGAAGGCGUCUUUAAGGUGGAGCGGAGCUGUUUGGGUCAGACACAGAGAGCCGGUCGGCCGACGGACUUUCUGAGUGACGACUGCAUGGGCGUCUGCAUCAGCAGCGACGAGUCCGACCAGGAAACCAAAGAGCCGCUUUGGGUGGAAAAUGGAACCAGCUCGUCUUUCUCGAAACCCAGCAACCACAGCUACAGGGGCCGAGGUCGGGCCCGGCUGCUGCCUGAGAGGGUGAGAAGAUCCCUGAACCCGACUCUGCUCCGAAACGUCGAGUACGACAUCUGGCACAAGACCAAAAGAGCCCAACAGAAGAUGGACUACUCCAUCGCUGCAGGGAUGCAGUUCUCUGUAGGGGAUCGCUGCCAGGUCCGCCUAGAGAACGGACGGACCUAUAAGGCCACCAUCAAAGAGGUUCCUCCUAACAACGGCCCCGUGACGGUUUUUAUUGAAGAGCUGGGGAAGAAACAGGUCGCUCUGUGGAGUCUCCGACCGCUCAACGAUGAAAACAGCUGGACCACCGUCACCAACCGCGACAAGAGGCUGAGCAACGGACACGGAGACUGGGAGGGGAGGGGAAAAGGGAGAGGAAGAGGGAAGCCCAACCCAGCAUCCUCCUCCUCUGUUUCCCAGGCAACAGCUGUCGGCGCCAGCGGGCGCGUGUCGAAGCAGCACUCAUGGCCCCCUCAGGCCACCGUAGAGGAGCAGGGAGGGGGGAAGUCCAGCAGGAAGUCUCUGAGCUCAGCAGAGCCUUCCUUCGGUUUAACCGAGAAGGAACGUUUGGCCAAAGAAGAGGAGGAGUUGAACGUUGCGCUGGUGGAGAUCCAGCUCAGAGACGAGCAGAGCUUCCCUGCCCUCGGGAGUCAGGCUGUGCUGCAGGCUGAACCAGGGAGGAAGAAGGGGGGAGAGAAGAGGCGGUCUCAGAGAAACAAGACGAAUCCAGUUGAAGACAUCAGAGCGCCGUCGCCCUCUGCAGGCGAGAGACCGAAAUCCUCCACCCCGCCUCCUGCAGCUCCGCCUGCACCUGCAGUCAGCAUGAGUUCUAACACCAACGCCUCUCUUCCUGCUGCAAAACCUGCUGCUAACUCCGACUCGGCCGGGCGGAGCGCUCUGAAUGAAAACAUGGCCGCCGCUGCAGCUUCAGGCUCCGCCUCCAUUCUGCCACCCAUCUGUGUUGCUGCAGAGGCAAAAACAAACACCCAGUCCUAUGCCUCCGCUGCAGCUGUGCCUGUUUCUCCUCCACCGGGCAUAAAGCCACCUGCCCCAUCCUCUGCCAGCCUCUUCUCCUUCAUCACUCCUGUUCUCCCUCCUGCUUCAUCAGCUCCUGUUCCACCUUCAUCUACUGCAUCUCCUCCACCAUUUUCCUUGGCUGCUGCUCCAACUUUCAUCGCUCCCAUCGCUCCGAGUCCAACAGCUGCUCAGGGCUUCACACGCCCCUUCUCCCCACUUACCUCUCUGCCUCGCUCCUCCAGUCCUUCCUCUUCCUCCUCCACAAUGAUCCCACCUCCCGCACAAGUCAAAGAAGCGCCACCAGCCCAGAGAAAUGCUUUGCCAGAAAUUAAGGGCGGUCUGCCAGCACAUCAGACUUCACAAAGUGAGAAAUCUGUCUCUCAGAAUCUUCCGCAAGUUGUUCCGAACCUGGUUGAAGCUUCAGUGUCCCAGGCAGAAAAAACAGCCCAACACUCUUUACCAGAGGUCCAGACCCAAAGUCAAGCUUCUUUACCAGAAAGCCAAGUCCUAACACCCCAGAUCCAGACUGAGGCCCAGGCCUUGGUCCUCCCGCAACAAGUACAGACCCACUCUGAGGUGGCUUCAGACCCUCAAACACUUCUCCAGCCAGAGUCUGAGGGCACUGCAGUUCAGUCCACACCUCCAUCUCCGGAAGUCUCUCAGUCCUCCCAGGUCCCACAGUCCCCCAGUAUUCAGAGUUCAGAAGACCCUCUCCCUCAAAAGUCAGAUUCUCCUCCCCCUGCCUCCCAGCAGUCACACCCUCCUCAACCUGCCAGUCUUCCACAAUUUCACCCUCACUUUCCUCACCCUCAAGCUGUCCCUGGGACCGUCCCCCUCCAGCAGCUUUCCCAGCUCUACCAGGACCCCUUGUACCCCGGCUUCCCCCAGGGAGAGAAGGGAGAGCUUGCCCAGAUUCCUCCAUUUUCAUCGAGCAAAUGUGGAGACGACCUGCCGAAAGAUGUUAACAUCUUGAGAUUUUUCUUCAACUUAGGCGUCAAGGCGUACACCAUGCCCAUGUUCCCCCCCUACAUAUACCUCUUCCCCCUGCAGCAGUACUACACCAUGCAACUCAAACCCCCAAACCACUCCCCAACUCCCCACUACCCCUGCCCCAGCCCGCCAACCAAGUUGCAGGAGCCUUACCAACUGACCCCAUGCUCUCCACCUUCCGCCUCCCCUCAAUAUGACCACCACACUCCCCCGACUGAGCCCUCCUUCAACCAGAAUCCAUACCAGGGGCUAACCCAGCCUCCACCCCAAAGGAUGCAGUGUGCCUCAUUGCCAUGGCAACAGGUGCCUCCACCCAGAAACCCCACAUGUCCGGUUGGAUAUCACUCGCCUCCUCCACCAUACUCUAACCCUCAACCUUCCUCUCAGGGGUACCACCCAGGACAAGCCCCAGUACAUUCGCUGUAUCCAUCAGGUGCACCCCCAUACCCCGCGUUCUCCGUGGGAUAUCAGCCUUCAUCAGUCCCUGAAGAUCUCCAGGUGAGCCAGGGUGCAAUGGAGCAGCUUCAGCCCACCAACCCGGACCCCAUCCAUAGCCACGGACACGUCAGGGUCCUGGGUCCUAUGGAGACUCCACCUGCUGCUAACAUGGCUAAUGCUAACAACAACAGAAGUAUUGUGGUUACUGCCAACUAUGGUUUUGACAGAAAGUUUUCCCCAUCAGCUUUGAAGGAGGCCGGAGAGGGUCUGACCCGAACAGUGCUGCUGGUGGACCCACCACUCAACAACAAACCUAUACUCGCUGUGCUUUCCGACCCCGACAUGUCAGAUGCCUCCCUAAGGUCCGGCAGUAGCCCCGGCUCGCCAUCAAACUACCGAGGCCGCCGCAAGCACUUUCCCAACACCAAACCCUACGUCAUUCCAGGGGCUGUUGAUCCCAGCCAGCUGGUUUUCACGGCAGGGACCGUCGGCAUGCCGGAGCCUCUGUCGGUGGCGUGCAGCACCGAGGACGACUUCGAGGUGGACGCGUUCCUCAUGAACUACAGUGGGCAACGGAAGCCCUACAGAGGGCGAGGAGGAAGAGGGAGGAGCAGCUAUGAUCCAGGAAGAGGCGGCCAAAGGCGGCGACAUGGCGACCAGGGGGCAGGGACUAAUUUUUUUAACUCCUCUUUCAGGGGGCGGGGGCGGGAGAGAGGAUACUAGCUUUAGCCAAUAAGGGAGAAGGAUAUAGAAAUGCCUGGUUGUCUGUAAAAUCACAAACACUAUGUUUUUGUUCUGCUUUGGCUCUGCAUGUACAAUCUGAAGUUUACAUCUCUGAACGUUUGAAUGUAAGAAUUAAAUAUGGAGUUCACAGGCUGGUUGGGGAUUCAUCGUCUAAAAAGGAACAUGACAUUAACUUAACGUGUGAAAUGUUGGGACACCCAUCAUAAGAAUGAGCUCUGAUGUGUUUAGGGUCUUUGUUUUCCCUUGUUUAAAGCAAAGCACUGCUGCAUCUCUUCACUGAGAAAAAAACCUGUUUCCUUUCAUAACUCCAGUUUCUGACCGUCGUCUGUCACUUGAAUGCGUCGUAAAGGUGGAACACGAGUUGUGACGGCGCCAUGAAUUCUGGAUGUGUUUGCAGGGCCCGCUGUGAGUGUGUGUGUGUGUGUGUGUUGUGCUGCUGGUUUCACCUUCUUUCUUCACUGUAGAUCAUCUAACCCCUGAGGAAUCAGUGCCUUAAGUUUGCUAUUUUUAUUUGGUGAGAAACACUGCUGUACAGAACAAAGAAUGUCUGCCCUGGAUUUUUCUUAGUGGUUAAAUAAAGAAAAGUUUGGUUCAAA